AUGUCAUCUCCUCGUGGCAUAAACUUCUUAAACUUCAACCAGACGGGAUCAUGCAUAUCAAUGGGAACCUCGGAAGGAUUUGAGAUCUUUAACUGUGACCCAUUUGGAAAAUUCUACUCAGAUGAAAGUGGGGGAUAUGGGAUAGUGGAGAUGCUAUUCUCGACGUCGCUGCUGGCAGUUGUCGGGGUGGGGGACCAGCCGGCGAUGUCUCCAAGAAGACUACGCAUUAUAAACACUAAGCGGCAUUCAGUAAUAUGCGAAGUCACUUUCCCAUCGACUAUCUUAGCGGUCAAAAUGAAUAAAGCUCGGCUAAUCGUGCUUUUACAAGAUCAGAUAUACAUUUAUGACAUCAGCAACAUGCGGCUGCUGCACACAAUAGAAACCGCCACGAAUCUCCGAGGACUGAUUGCGGUCUCUCCAUCACUGGAUAGCAACUAUCUCGCCUAUCCUUCUCCCCCCAAAGUGAUCAAAUCAGAGAUCAAGGGACAUGCCACCACCAAUAACAUUAGUCUUUCCUCCAAUGAUACGACCACAGCAUCCAAUCACAAUGGCCCCAGUGAGACAUUUUUUUCACAAGGAGCCCAAGGAGACCAACUCUCACCGCCCGGAGAGGGUGUUACUGCGGGAAACUCCUCACUAGAGGUUGUGGACAAUAAUGCAACUUCUUCGGACAACAAUGCGGGGAAUACCAAAACUGCCAAUAGCAUUUUGAAAAACGGUGAUGUUAUCUUGUUCAACAUGCAGACACUUCAACCAACAAUGGUGAUAGAAGCUCACAAGGGCGAAAUUGCAGCCCUCACUUUGAGUAGAGAUGGAACCCUCCUUGCCACAGCAUCCGAAAAGGGAACUAUCGUAAGAGUUUUUUUGGUAGAAACAGGUGCUAAAGUUUACCAGUUCAGGAGGGGUACGUAUCCAACCAAAAUUUACUCAAUGUGCUUCAGCGACGAUAAUCAGUUCUUGGCAGCCAGUUCGUCAAGCAAGACUGUUCAUAUUUUCAAGCUAGGCAAGGGUGCAUACGUUACUACAAGCGCUGACGCCCAAAAUAACAGCGAUUUAGAGGAUCAGGAUGCUGAUACUUACUCUAUAGAUGAGGCUGAGGAAGGAGAGCCCGAAGAAACCGCAUCUUUGGGACAAACCUCCUCAGCUAGCUAUGAUUCAUCACAUCCUGACGCGACAUCGAAGGAGCCGGUAGUCGAUGCAUCCAGAAGGACAGUUGGAAGAAUGAUACGAAAUUCGUCCCAAAAGCUCUCCAGAAAGGCAGCGAAAACUUUGGGUGCCUAUUUCCCCAUCAAAGUGACCUCUAUCUUGGAGCCUUCACGACACUUUGCGAGUUUAAAGCUCCCGAUUGAGAGUGGGGCUACAAUAAAGUCUAUCACUGCAAUCGGCCAGCCCGUUGAUAUCGAUACUGCGGAGUACCCGGAGCUAUUUGAGAAUGGCCUCUGGGGGUCUGUUGCCAGCGAGAGCAGUUCAGGUUUGACGAAAAUGAUACCGAUCCGGGUUAUUUCUUCCGACGGCUACAUGUACAACUACGUGUUAGAUCCCGAGCGUGGUGGUGACUGCUUGCUACUCAGCCAGUUUUCUUUGUUGAUGUAUUGA